GCCGAGCAAGCCGCUCAAUCUGACCUGCGUCCGCCACGAUGACCCCGCUACUAGCCUUAGACCCGAAUGAUUCAGAAUGAAUAGAUAGAUGUGUUGCGAAGGAUUCUACAACUGAAAAGGAGCAUACCCUGGAUCGAAUGUUAAUGAUAUAAAGAAGACGCACGCAGUUACAGACAUCCCACGCUGCAUAAUCAAAAGCGUUCAUCAUCUAGGCACAUCACUCGUCAUGUCCCAUCUUCGAGCAAUGGAGUACCUCAACUCCCCCGCUUUCUCUUCGCGCGUCGAGGAGCUUAUAAAGAAGCAUCAUAUACCCGGGCUCUCAGUGGCGUUCGUAGAAGGUGACCGUACUUUCUCCGCAGCAUACGGUUUAGCAACGCUCGACCCGCCUAAGCCAUGUACACCAGACACCCUCUUCGACAUAGCGUCCAGUUCAAAGUCGAUGACGGCUGCAGCGGUUGGUUUACUAGUUCGCGACGAUGAAAAAUACCCCGAGGUGAAAUGGGAGGCGAAGAUGUCGAGUCUCCUGCCUGGGGAUUUCAUCAUGUCGAAGCAGGAGUAUACGGAUGAUAUCACCGUCGACGACAUCCUCAGCCAUCGGACAGGUCUACCACGUCACGAUGAUUCCUACCUGGGCCCGCUAGCAGCAAAGCCAGAUGACGCGCGAUCUGUGACCAGGAAUCUGCGGAACUUGGAAGUCACGGCGCCGAUACGGUCAAAGUUCAUGUACUGCAACAUAAUGUUCACGGUGGCGACGUACCUCGUUGAGCAGAAAAGCGGGCUCGCUUUCGCGGAUUUCCUUCAGGAGCACUUCUUCAAGCCUCUCGAGAUGCACUCAACUCAACUCCAGCCAGCGCGGGCGAAGUCCUUUGGUCUCGGCGACCGCAUUUCCACGGGGUAUCACUGGGACGAGAAGAGCGAGCGCUACAUCGGUUUCGACGUGUGGGAUAGCCCCGAAGAUCAAGGCGCGGGCUCAAUCAUCACAAGCGCAAGUGACUAUCUCAAAUGGGUUAAGGCCCUGAUGAAUCAGGACCAUCCUAUCGAUGAAGAGAUCUACAAGGGACUCAUCAGGAUGCGGUCUUUCACAGAACCGGAUCCAGAGGACGGGUUGCCGCUGACAUCGCCGGAAAUGUACGCUGCCGGGCUGGAGGUAUUCUACUACAGAGGCCAUAUGGUGAUCAGCCACGAUGGCGGCAUACCUGGUUACGGCAGUAGACACUUCUUCGUCCCAUCGCUCAAGCUUGGUGGUGUUAUCCUAGGUAAUACGGACGCCACGGGCACCCUAGGGACGAUCCUAGCAUACGAAUUGAUCGACGAGGCUCUGGGUGUGCCGAGCCCGGAGAGAAUGGAUUGGAAUAAAGUGCUGGAGGAGAGAAACGCCAAGUACGAGAAUGAUCCCAAGGAGGAGGAGCUGCGACGUGUCCUUCGUGAAGACGCGGAGGCGCAGAAGAUGCCGCUCAGUAUCUACACUGGCACGUAUUGGAACCCAGGGUAUAAAGGCAUGACUGUGGAAAUUAAGGAUGGGAAACUCUACAUCGAUGCGAGUGAUCGAUCGAUCGGGUUCUUCAUAGUUCUCGACCAUGUGCGCGGAGAGACUGAAUAUCUUGGCCAUGUGAGCAACUGGCUUAGUCGCAGCGAAUACGAUCUGUGGCCGGCGAGGUUUUUGUUCCACAAUGAUAAACCUGUCAAGUUUGGAUUGGAGCUUGAGAAAGAAGCAGAGAUGAUCUGGUUUGAUAGAAUAGAAUGAGCCUAAUGAUCAGUUCACUUGUCAGUUAUGAUUUUACUGGUCGCAUAAGUUAGCUAGAAGGUUUGGCACUUCCGAAUCUU